AUGCCAAGUAAAGCACAAGAGGAUGCUGUGAUCAACCUGAAGUCUGUCCAGGAGAUGUCCAGGGAGCUGGGGUUUGAGUGGACUGUUCUGGCCUACGAGCUGGGCUUCUCCAGGACUGAGGUUCAUCAGUUCCAUACCACAUCCACAGAGAAGACGGUCCAGGCCAGAAGCAUGCUAGAGUGCUGGUAUGAGAGAUCUUGGGACAAGUCCAACAAGACCAAGUUGCUGCAGAACGGUUUGGAGCGUGCCGGGCGCCGCGACCUGGCUGAGAGGCUGCGUUGCCUCCACUGGGGCCACCAGAAAUUGAGCAGCAGGGUGGAGCUGCCCUCCGCCUUCCCCUUCCUCAUCACUGUCCACAGGACCAUCGAGAACCGUGACGGCCUCCGCCGGAUCAAUGACCUCAGCCGCAGAUUCACCUGA